UUUUAUUUUACGCGUUUUAUAAAAUAGUUAGAUUCAUGGAAAAACUCUUGGUGUUCUGGAAUAAGUUGAAAUAAAUUGAUGAAUUUAUAUGCGCUGUAAAAGAAAUAAAAUUUUAUUGUUCCGAGAAUUUGCAUCCAGUUUAUUUUCAAUAAAAAAUUCCCAAUUUUUCUACUAUAGUCGUAUUUUAUUAUGACGCUCCCCUGGGCUGUACGUUAAUGGAAGCAGUUGAAAACAAUUUCUCGCACAUUAAAAACACGGUGGAUGGGGCGCGACACGGAGUAGCAUUAGCAAUGAAAACAGACCACACACGAUGCAAACGGCCAAUGGAAAGCAAUUGCACCGGCGACACAGCCUAAUUUUCAUCGGUUUAUAUUAUACAGGCAGACGGCCAUUGAUUGCUGCAGUCGCCGGCACACACUGAUACCCUCCAUUUUCCCCCACAAAAAUGAAAACCGUAGAUUUAUUUGAUUCGAUUUUAGGGAUAAAUUUUUUUUAUUUAAAUAAUAUAAAAAACCCGGACAAUUUUCUUUAAAAUAUUUUUACGAGAAAUACGGUCUAUUUUUUUAAACCAUUCAAAUGAUGUAGAAAAGUCCAGACCAUUUUCUGUGAAUUAUUGUAUAAAGAAUCUAUGUAUAGAGCACUUAAAUGAUAUAAAAAAUCCGGACAAUUUUCUUUUAAUUAUUUUCAACAGAAAAAUACUUUUACAUCAUUUAAAUGAGGUUGAAAAAUCGGGGACAAUUUUCUGUUAUUUAUUUUUAGGAUAAAUCUAAUUUUCCAUAAUUCAAACCGACGUAAAAAAGAUCCAGAAAAUUUUCUUUGAAUUAUUUGUAGGAAAAAUAAUUUUUAAACCUUUGAAAAUUUUAAAUAAUUUAAAAAUCAUCGACUUGAUAUGCUGAUCGGGCCGAAUCGGCAUCAAUCACGUAAAUGCGCCUAGUAUAUCAUAAUCAACGUGGCUGUCAUCACCGGCGAUAUAUCGGGCUGCAUGCAGCGUCUAAAUUGGCCACCAACGGGCUUGUCAACAUGCAUAAUCGCAUAUUGUUCUAUUUAAAUUUCCCUGUAUAUCCGCAUAUAUGCGGAAUGCGUCGUCACUCGGCCGGGCUAAUUUAUCGCUGCGCGGCCGGCCAGCACACGUUGACGGCGCAUUGUUACCCGUGAUGAAUGAAUUAUUUUGCUUUGUUAACGCAUAUAACGUGUGCUGGACGCGGGGACGCUCCGCUGGGCAAUAUACAGUCGCCAGUGAUGGACGAAGCAGCCACAAUAUGCCGGCUGCGGCGUGUGUGGUCCGGCGUGUUCGAAAAUGUUCGCUGCGCUGACCAUACACUACUCGGAUAAAUGCCUGGAUUAUUUCCAUGCGUCCGGGCAUUUUUAUUUAUUGAUGGGAAAUAAUUCCGCAUCGGUUGGUCACUAAACAUAAAUACCGGGAUAUUUAUUCGGCAAGUUGUGGUCAAUAUUUGCGCAGUAUUCCGACCAGAUGUCGGUAAAUAAAAACCGCUACCGGCAACGAUUAUUCAGACUUAUUCGCGUCAGAAUUAUUCUCGGUGUAUUUUAUGGACAAUUCGAUUUGAUUAUUGUACUUGAAUAUUUUAUAAUAAAAAGCGAUUAAUUUAAUUACGGAAUGCGUACGACUUUUACAGUAUACAAGCUUUUGCGGGCGCAGAUUGGCUUACAACUGAAAAUUUGACUGGGAAAUAUUGACUUUUAAAUUUCCGGUUGCUUUAAUUUUUAUUUGUUUUCUUAGUUUUCUUCUGCAUUUUAUUUUGAUUAUUUAAACGGUUUUCUUUUAUUUUUCUUUUUUUUAUUUUUGUUUCAGCUUUUUUACUUCGGGGUUUCUUUUCCUCUUAUUUUUCUUUUUUCGCUAAUUUUCUUAUUUUUAGUUUAGUCUUUUGUUUAAUCUUAUUGCUGUAUUUUUCUAUUUUAAUAUUUACAUUUAUUUUUAUUUUAUUUGAUUUUCCCGUUUUCUUUUCGUAUUUCCAUUUUUCUGUUUCUUAUUCCCAUUUUUUUCAUAUUUAUGUGUCUAUCCGUUCUUUUUAUUUCCCAUUUUUUUCCCUUCUGUUUUUAUUUUCUUUUUUUCUUUGUCUGAUUUUCUUCUCAUUUUCGUUUUUCAGCUUUCUUUCAUGAGUAUUCUAAAUUAUUUUUCUUUCUGCUUUCAUUUCUUUUGCUGUAUAAUUGCGAAAAAUGAUGUUUCUUAGUUGGUGUAUAAUUAGCCGGCGACAAGCUGUAAAUUGAUGAGGUGCGAAGUGAGGCACAGGUACGGCGGAUGGGCGCAGCAGGAUCAGUAGCGAGAGAGACUAAUUAGCGGCCGCGGCCUAACGAGUCCCGCUAAGCCGGCGGACAAUGCCGGACAGUGUACAGACAAUACAGCCAACUAAUACACGGAAGUGCACAGGCUAAUCAAUCACCGGCGCACAGUAAUUAAUCCCCCGCUCCCCGGCUGUCUCCGCUUACACCCCGAAAAGUCAUCCCCGGAACAAUACAUCAACACUCAUAAUCUAGAUCGCGUCGCGCUGCCGUCUAAUUGAACGUCAGCGCUGACAGGCACAUUCGCGCACAAUGUCCCGCCAAACUAAUCAAUUACACUCGAAACAAUCAGCGCAUCCGCAGUGGCUCCACCCACUCGCAACGGUCAGUACGAAAUCCACACCCUGAAAAAACCAUGCAGAAAUUGCCGGUUUAUUUCGCCGAAUUUUCGCUGAAGUUUGCCAUUAAUUACACCUUCGACUUGUUGCGACGUUUACUUUCUCUAAAUGAGCCAGUUUUGUCGUCUGUCCAACCAGCACAUUUCGCGGAAUAAAUAAUAAUCAAAAAUAAAUAACAAACAAAUUGAAUAAGAAUUUAUUAUUGUUUUUCCUUAUUUUUAUUUCUUAAACAAGUGUAGAAAACGCUUUUUUUACGAAGACUUAUUAAAUUUUAUCAUUAAGAGUUUAUUAAUAAGUGAUUUUAAAAAAAAGCAGUAAUGGAAACAGUACAUCUGUACGUAUCAGAAUGCAAUCGGGUGACAUUUCACCAAGAUGUCGUCAUUCGCGGUAAUUACAGCCUGGAUACAUAAGUCUGUCUGCGCCGUACUAACGCCAUAAUCGCCGUGUUAUGAGUGGACAUUGAUGAUGAUUGCUGGGCAAACAGCUUAAUUCACUCGUCUGUUUGCUGUACGUGCCCGCCACCGGCUUAAUCCGCUUGAUACGUGUACGCCGCUUGACCACUGGUCAGCGGGCGCAGUCCCCGCCCCCUCCAACCAAUCAGCGCCUUUCUGCGCCUGAUUAACCGUCUUACCGGACAACUCCUUAGCGUCCCGCUGCGAACUUUAUGAGCUGCUGUCUGCACGUGUAGUUAAGGUUUAUAUAUUUUGUUUCUACAUAUGCCGGAACACAAUUCGCGAAGGAGCAGCUGGUCAGUUGAGACGCUCCACUGCGCCGUGUGUCGAGAUUAUUUGUGUGGUUAUAUUAUCAUCGGCAACGUGUCGCUAUAAACCUGUUGCUAUUCUCCAUUGUGGCCAACGUUUACUUCCUCUAAAUGAGCCAGUUUGGUCGUCUUUUCAUCCCGCUGCAGCCGUUAGUGAUGUUGAUAUUGCAACCGCGCGUUAAAUAAUAAUUGUGGGAUUUUUACGGAAUUUUAAAAUUAUUCGCGGUUGUAUUUGGUUGAUAAUUACACUUUUUUGACGACGUUUACUUUCUCUAAAUGAGCCAGUUUGAUCGUCUUUCCAACCAGCAAAACCCGUUAAUAUUCCUCGCGGAUUAAAUACCCAUUUUUUGCAAUAAUUUUCGUGUCUUUGCGGAGUUAUCAAUUUAUUUAUUUAAUGAUGGAGAGAAUAUUCCUGUUGAUAAUUUGCGCCGGUUUAAUCGCGGCGGAUGAGGAGAUCCUGGAGAGUUGUACUGCCGUGAAAGAGCACUGCAUCGCCGAUGACCACUGCCGGGAACAUUUAUUAACCGUCAGCAGUGAGUGCGCCGACACCCUCGGUGACUGUUCCCCGGGUGUCGCGACGGAUUAAUCGGUUUACUCGGCAACCGGCUCGGCGCGGCAUUCCGCCGGUGCCGCUGCGAGGACGCCGGGUGCCUGCUCUUCCGGGAGCGCCUCGAGGGAGCCGGCUGCGCGGCGGAGGUGGCGCAGGCGCUCCGCAGCAACGCGACGGUGUCCUGCGCCACCGCGGAGAGGGUGUGCCGGGCCGACGCGGUGUGCCGCACGGCGUGGGAGUAUUUUAUCCGGUUGUGCCGGCGGAUGUUGAAGGGCCAGGGGUGUAGUCAGAAAUGCCGGAAUAGCUUGGAAGUCCUGCAGCGGCAGGAGCAGGCGGUGGGACUGCGCGGAUGCCGGUGUGAAGAGGAGGAUGAGGAGGUGUGUUUGAGGGAAAAAAGGAAUACGGCGCGGUUGUGUUAUGGACGGGAUGGGGAGGAGGAGCGCUGGGUCACGGAGAAUCAUCUGCAGAGCGAUAAGGACAUUUCGUCAGCCGACGAUGCCGACGCCGAUAAGGAGAGCGGCGAGCAGCGCUGGCAGCUGCAGGACGCCCGCGCGCUCCUCGACCUGGCCUGGCAGCUCAGCCGCAGCCGGGCGGCGGUCCGAACGUCCCACACCGCGGACGAACGGAAGCCCCGCCCCUUCCGCCGGCUCAUCGCGCUGGCGGUCACCGGGGAAAACGUGCAUUACGCGCUCGACACUAAUCAUAAUAAUAAUAAUAAUAAUAAUAAUGCGCACCGGCUGACGCCAGCCCCACCGCCCGCGGACGACGACGAGCGGGAUUACGAGGAAGACAUCCCGGUGUAUAAUACAGCGGUGCAGUCGUCCGUGUCACCUGUCGUGGUCGCGGUCAGUUUAGGCUAUUUAACAGGUGCGCUGUUGUUUUAUACAUGAGCGACUCGUAUAUAUGCGGCCAGACAAUGCGGUGCUCACUUGUCCAGAGAAGAGAGAGAUUUGCUGUAUAGUAUAUGCGGUGGGAAAAGUGCUUGUUUUGCAUGCAAGAGUGGGUUGAAAUGCCGGCUAAUGGAUGAUG